AUGACGAAUUGGUCAGAGCUUCCAUCCGACCUCUUGGCGUUGAUUGCAAAAAGGCUGGUCUGCAUGGAGCAUUUUUUGGCCUUUGGUGCUGUUUGUACCUCAUGGCUAUUGGCAGCGGAUAAGAACAACUUCGAACCGUCACAGCUACAGCCGCCUUGGUUAAUGCUUGGGAAGAUGAAAAACAAGACAUUCCGUGAGUUCCUUAGCCUCACCACGCACAAGAUUUAUAGGUUUCCAAUACGAGAUGCCAAUGGUAAGAAGUGCUUGGCCUCUCAAGGUUGGCUGUUUGCAAUAGGCAAAAAUUUGGACAUCAAUUUAGUUCAUCCUCUAUCUGGAGCUCGUGUACCAUUGCCACAAAUGCACACGUUGAAGGAUUCGGAUCGUUUAUUUGAUUGUCCUGGUUUUCAUUUCAUAUACAAAGCGAUUUUAUCUGCCAAUAAUCCAAAUGAUUUGAGGGUUGCAAUUUUUUAUGGAAAUGGUAUCAACAAAGUGGCAUUUUGCAAAGUUGGAGAGGAAACCUGGAAAACAGUUGAAGCCUAUCCUUCUUGUGCAUGCCAUGAUUUAUUGUAUUAUAAAGGACAAUUUUUUGGUGUUGACAUCCUUGCCAGAAUUUGGGUUUUCAACCAUGAGAAUUUAAAUGCUCAAGUGAUUUCAACCAUUCCCAGCGAGUUCCUAGCAAAUCAUGGAAAUAGUAUGAUCAGAAAACCAUGGCAAUAUUUUGAGCGGUUCUAUUUGGUGGAAUCGGCAGGGUCAUUGUUGGCUGUUUCACGAGAAGGGAAAAUUUGUGGUCAUGAUUAUGGAACGACGGGGUUCCGAGUUUUUGAACUGGACGUGGAGGAUGGGAUGUGGAAACGGGUGAAUAGUUUAGGGAACAGAGCGUUGUUCUUAGGCCAUAAUUCAUCUUUCUCUAUCCAAGUCACAAGCAACUCUGGUUGUAAAGCUGACUGCAUAUACUUCACUGAUGACUACUACUGCUUUUCAUCGUAUCAGGAAUCACAUAGAAGAAAAGGAAAGGACCAGGGAAUCUAUAACAUGGGAGAUCAUGGAAGCUUUGAACAACAUUUUAGAGGUGAAACUCAUCAUUGUGAUAAUCCAUCAAUAUGGAUUGAACCCACUUUCUGUCGAGUAAAAUCACGAUAAUGGUUACAAUUUUUUUUUCAAUAUUUUUUCUUAUAUCAACCACUAUUAGUUUAUUAGUCAUGAGGGUACAUUCGGCCUUUGGUUCUUGGGCUGAUGAAA